AUGCGCUGGGAGCAUUGGAGGGAAUUAUUCCUUUUCUGCCUGAUCUUUUCCGCGUCGUCCGGGGAGGUGCGUUACGUCCUCCCCGAGGAGACGCAGCCGGGUUCCGUCAUCGGGAACGUCGCGCGGGAUCUGGGACUGCAGCCCGGGGAGCUGGCCUCUCGUCGCGCCCGCGUCGUUGCGGACGGAAGCGGCCAGCUGUGCGAGCUGGACCUGUCGUCGGGCGAGCUUUUGAUCCGCCAGCGGAUCGACCGAGAGGAGCUCUGCGCGCAAGUCAGCGUGUGUACCGUCCAGCAUCAGCUUUUACUUCAGGACCCGCUUCAAGCCUUCGCUCUAAUUUUGGACAUCGCAGACAUUAACGACAACACUCCAGCGUUCGCCGCAGAGGAGAUCAACCUGGAUUUGGUCGAGUCCACAGUUCUCGGGAGACGUUUUCCGCUGGAGAGUGCGCACGACCCCGACCUGGGCACAAACUCCGUCGGCGAAUACAAAUUGAGCCCGAGUGACCAUUUUGCCCUGGAAGUGACUACUCAAAUAAACGGAAACGCGUAUCCGGAGCUUGUUCUUAAAAAGCCGCUGGACCGGGAGGCGCAAGCUGAACACGUGCUGAAAAUCAGCGGCAUCGACAGGGGAAGUCCACCCAGGACCGGGACCGCUUCCAUCCGCAUCCGGGUUUUGGACGCCAACGAUAAUGUCCCAGUUUUCAGUCAACGGGUUUACAGGGCGUCUGUUCCGGAAAACUCCGCCGCGGGGACUUUGAUAGCGCAACUGAAUGCCACGGACUCUGACGACAGUCUGUACGGAGCCAUAACGUACUCCUUCAGUCACCUGACAGACAAGACCAGAGGAGUUUUUCGCAUCGACCCGAUGAGCGGUGAAGUUCGCGUGGCGGGCGUCCUCGACUACGAGGAGGCCAACGCUCACGAGCUGGACGUCCAGGCCAAAGAUGGAGGCGGCCAGGCCUCCCACUGCAAACUUCUCAUCGACGUCGUCGACGUCAACGACAACCAACCCGUUAUUGAGAUCAAGUCGGCCUCGGCCAACGUGCCGGAAGACUCCGCGCCGGGAACGAUGGUGGCCCUCAUCAAUAUUUACGACUUGGACACCGGGAAUAGCGGACACGUCACCUGCUCCAUUCCCGACAAUGUCCCGUUUCAAAUCGUAUCGGGAGUGAAAAAUUAUUAUAUGCUCGUGACGGCCGGGACGCUGGACCGAGAGGUUCAGUCGGCGUACAACAUUUCUGUUACCGCCACAGACUCGGGCUCUCCCCCGCUCCAGAGCGUCAAAGUUUUGCCCGUGGUGGUUCACGACGUCAACGACAAUGCCCCAAUUUUCACGCAGAGCCAGUACACCGCCACCAUCUUGGAAAACCAACCCGUCGGCACCUUUGUCAUGAAACUGGUGGCGCAGGACGCCGACGAAGGUUCCAAUGCCAAACUAACGUACCAAAUAUCCAGAGGAAGCGAUUCCGAAGUUUCCUCUUUCCUUUCCAUCAACACGGAAACGGGCGAGCUUCUCACGUCGCGCCUCUUCGAUUACGAGCAGUCGGUUUACUUCCACAUCACGGUGGAGGCGAGGGAUGGGGGCCACCCCCAACUCACCACCAGCUGCGCCGUCAACGUUUUCAUCCAAGACCAAAACGACAACGCGCCGGUGGUUCUGUACCCUGCGCAGGCCUUCGUGGCAGAGGACGUGGUGCCCCUCGAAGCGCCGAGAGGCUACCUGGUGACCAAGGUGGUGGCGGUGGACGGCGACUCGGGCCACAACGCGUGGUUGUCUUACAGAAUAAUCAAAGAAACGCAGCCCAAUCUGUUCACGGUGGGCUUACACACGGGCGAGGUGCGAACCUUGCGAGCCUUCACGGAGCUCGACGAACGGAAGCAGACGAUCGUCGUCGCCGUCGCCGAUAACGGGCCGGACGCCCUGUCGGCCACAGCUACGGUUAGCAUCGUCAUUGGCGAGGGCUUGCCGGUUCUGCAAGAACUUUUUGAGCUCGUUGAUGAACCCCAGGCCAACGAUGACUUGAGACUCUACUUGAUUGUUGCCCUGUUCACCGUUUCUUUUCUCUUCAUCCUUUUGAUGGCCGGAGUGUUUUAUUUUAAGCUUUGUCGCCGUAGUCACGUGUACCGUUCCACCGCUGCCAGCCUGCCCGUUUUCCCCACGACCUACUAUCCACACAGUUUCACAGAUUUCAGCGGUUGCGGGACAUUGCUGCAAGAUGAUCGCUACGAUCCCUUUCUGACCACCGGCUCGUGGAGAGGCGACUUUCGCUUCAGCUCAAACACGGACACGGACACGCUCAAGAAAAGGAGCGCGGCUUAUCAAAAGAACACGCUUCGGCGCACGAGUGCGGACAGAGCUACCUUAAAGGUUCGGGCCGCCCCCUCGCAUCCUUGUUAUGUCAUCACUUGAAAACCGGCUGCAAGGUUUGCACUAGCGGGAGAUGUCAAGAGUUGACACACCCCUGUUCCGAUGCCAGGUUUUUGUGAAAAACACAAUUUAGGUGACCAAUGACCUAGACAAGUCGAUUGAACCAAAAAGAUUACACAUUUCAAGAGGGAAGUAAAAUGAAAUGACUGAAAUAUUGUGGUUGCAAAAGUGUGCACACCCUCCCUGUCUGGAGUUCGGAUGUGCUUAUUAUUCAAAAUUCAAGAAAUGGGGGUGACUCAUGAAAGUGCCAAUGGUUAAUCUGAAAUAAAAUUCGGACGUCUGGAUCGGAUUUUUUCAUCAGUUUUGAAUGCUUUGUAGCAGAAGCCUCAAUGAUUUGUCUUGGCACUGACUACCCUUUGGAACAGUUUUAAAAGUCCUCCCACCUUGACAAAGGCCCCGUUUCCAGCUUAAGAGAAGAAACCCCAAAUCUUGAGACCGUCACCACCGUGCUUGGUGGUCUUUUGGCAAUUUUGUAUUUGUAUUUGUGUGAGCACAAAACCAACCUUUUGUAAUCAUGGCCAAAAGUUUCAAACAUUUUCUCACGUGUUUGUGAGACUUUGUCACCACAGUCCGAUGAAAUCAAGGUGGAUUUUUUUUUUUUUUUGGAGCCAUGAUUCAAAAACCAAAAGAACAACAUCGCUGGAGUCAAGCUUUGUGCUUGUGGGAUUCCUCCUUUGGGGGUUCUUUUCGUGAACCGGAACUGCGGUCCUGAUGAAAAGAAUUAUGAACCGUUGCAAAUCAUAAUCGGUGUUGACAUAAAACCUCCCAACUCCUGAUGGAAAGCAAAAACAAAAAGUUAAGAACAGCCUACUUGACCAACAACAGUUUAUUUGGGGUUUGUCAGAAGUUGGAAUGUUGGCUUGCGUGUUCUGUCUGAAAUUCAACAUGAGUUCUGAACGCAGCCCCAAGAGGGUGUGCAGACUUGUGCAAGCACAUUUAUCGCCAUUACCAUUUGAUUUUAUUUCCCCUCCCAUAAAGACAAGCAAACUGUUUUAUUUGAGCUGUACAGGCCUCAUUACAGCUUGAUCGAUUGCAAAUGUUGGACUUUAUUUUAUCUUGGUGUCAUUUUUAUUCAAUGGAAAUCCUGCCAUUUGAACAGGGGUGUGUAGACUUUUUAUUUCCACUGCAUAAGGAAAAGAAAAUCCAGAAAGUCUUGUGCUGCUAAAUACACUUAUUGUGAAAUUGAGUGCGUAUUUCCACCUGCUGGGCUUGGUCGGACCAAUGAAAGCAAUUUAUUGUAUAUUUUGAUUCUGUGUGUGCCGUUAUGAUGCGAUGCGAUUGGACGUCUUUCCAAAGUGCAACCACAAUGAAAGUUACGCCUUUGAUAUAUAUUUUGUUUGCGGGGGCGGGGGCGGAGGCAGUUGGGGCUGUGGCCUGGGAGUGUAAAUCAUGAUCACAAACUGUAAAAAUUUCCAUAAAAAAAAAAAAAAAAAAAAAAAAAAUUUUGAAUGUGUGAAAUGUUUUGACG